AUGUCAUUCAGACUCCCAAGAUCUUCUACCACUACCAUCACCACUACUACUACCACCACAACUACAGUGAAACCACCACCAUCUUCAGGUUCCUGUGUGGUGACAGGAGACCCCCAUUAUUACAGCUUUGAUAAAAGGGUCUUUGAUUUUAUGGGAAUCUGUACCUAUACACUAUCUAAGCUGUGCCAAUUUGAUAAAAACCUGGUAGACUUCAAUGUGGAAGCAAAAAAUGAAUAUUGGCCAGGAAACACUCGUGUCUCUUAUGUGCGAUAUGUAAAUGUUGAUGUGCAUGGAUAUAGGAUCACCCUGGAGCAGAACAGAGAGGUUAAGGUAGAUGGAAAGUCUGUGAUUCUUCCAACUACACUUCCCCCAGAAGUUAAAAUCUCCUAUAGUGGACAUCAUGUAAUGGUUACAACAAGCUUUGGCCUGAGCGUGCUAUUUGAUGGAAAUCACAGAGCGGAAGUGAAGCUUUAUGACACCUACUCUAAUCAAGUAUGUGGUCUAUGUGGAAACUUCAAUGGAAAUGAAACUGAUGACUUUUUGAACCCAAGUGGACAAUUGGAGAAAGAUCCAGUUGACCUUGGUAACAGCUGGCAGGUGGAAAACGACACAAGGUUAGUCAACCGAAGGAUUAUAAAACUGCACAGACUCAAGGGUUGUGUUCAGGAUUCAGCUUAA